CUUAAGACGACUUAACAUUGGACAAAUUUCAUCAGACAAUUCUCGUCAUCCUGCUGCUUCAUGCGAUGCAGAGAUGGGUCGAUCACCGCUGCUGACCGUUGACUCCAUGUUGUCGCUGGUGGCGGUCUUACUCGUGGUCGGCGUUCGAAUCGCGAGCGCUGUGGCUGGAGAGCAGCCGCUCUCCAAGAUAGCGAUCCACAACGCUGUUUAUGCGCUUCAUGAGAAUGCUUCCAUCAGUGCUCACCCUCUUGUUCUUGGGCUCAAGGGGGAAGAUACUGAGUGGGUUGUCGUGGACUUUCAAAGCCCCAGACCUGCCGAAGACGACUGGGUUGCGGUUUUUUCUCCUGCCAACUUCAACUCCUCUACCUGUCCACCUAAUGAUCCAAGGCAGCGAGCACCUUUUAUAUGCUCAGCUCCCAUCAAGUAUAAGUUUGCCAAUGAGUCCAGCUCUGACUAUACAAAGACGGGGAAUGCUUCUUUGGAGUUCCAACUGAUAAAUCAGAGAUCAGACUUCUCAUUUGCACUCUUCUCAGGCGGGCUGUCAAAUCCGAAACUUGUGGCAGUUUCGAAUUUCAUUAACUAUGCAAAUCCAAAGGCACCCCUUUAUCCACGUCUUUCUCAAGGGAAGUCUUGGGAUGAAAUGACAGUUACCUGGACCAGUGGCUAUAACAUCCAUGAAGCGAUUCCUUUUGUUGAGUGGUGUCUUGAGGAAGAAACCCAGACUAGAGCGCCAGCUGGAACAUUGACAAUUCAACAAAAUAGCAUGUGUGGUCCACCUGCACGAACGGUAGGGUGGCGAGAUCCAGGUUUCAUACAUACAAGUUUCCUAAAGAAUCUGUGGCCUAAUGCAAGGUACACAUAUAGGCUUGGCCACAGAUUAGCCAACAAUUCAUACGUUUGGAGCAAGGUGUACUCCUUCAAAUCACCUCCAUAUCCGGGACAAGACUCGUUGCAGCAGGUCGUAAUAUUUGGUGACAUGGGAAAGGCAGAGCGUGACGGGUCAAACGAGUACAAUAGCUAUCAGCCAGGCUCGUUAAACACGACAGAUCAACUCAUCAAGGAUUUGGCCAACAUAGAUAUAGUGUUUCAUAUAGGUGAUAUAACAUAUGCAAAUGGAUAUAUUUCACAGUGGGAUCAGUUCACAUCUAUGAUCGAGCCCAUUGCAUCGACUGUCCCUUACAUGAUUGCAAGUGGGAAUCAUGAGCGUGACACUCCAGGCACGGGAUCAUUUUACGACACCAAUGAUUCAGGCGGUGAAUGCGGCGUCCUAGCACAGACCAUGUUCUAUGUCCCUGCAGAUAAUAUAGCGAAAUUUUGGUAUUCAACGGAUUAUGGCAUGUUCCACUUCUGCAUAGCCAACAGUGAACACGACUGGAGGGAGGGUUCUGAACAAUAUAGGUUCAUUGAGAACUGUUUUGCAACAGCGGACAGACAAAAGCAACCUUGGCUGAUAUUUGCCGUGCAUCGUGUUCUUGGCUAUUCUUCUGUGGAUUACUACAGUUUGAUGGGCUCUUUCGAGGAGCCUAUGGGAAGGGAUAGCUUGCAGAAGCUGUGGCAGAAGUACAAAGUCGACAUAGCAUUCUACGGUCAUGUCCAUAACUACGAAAGAACAUGCCCAAUUUACCAGAAUCAAUGUGUGAACACAGAAAAGUUUCAUUAUUCGGGCACCGUGAAUGGGACGAUCCAUGUCGUCGUCGGUGGUGGAGGGAGCGAGUUAUCAUACUUCAGCGAAUUGCAGCCAAUUUGGAGCCUGCAUAGAGACUGCGACUACGGAUUUGCCAAGCUCACCGCAUUCAACCACUCGUCCCUUCUGUUCGAGUACAAGAAGAGCAGAGACGGGAAGGUCUAUGAUUCAUUUACUAUCUCUAGGGAUUACAGGGAUGUCCUGGCAUGUGUACAUGAUGGUUGUGAAUCAACCACUUUGGCCUCGUAGUAAUCCAAUCCAAGAAAACUUUUUAGCUCCCUUCAGGAGCAGCUGAUUAUUAAGAUUGAGAUGAUUCUUGGAUGAGGAGCAUCUCGGAGUUUUUUAUGAGUUACAUUAAAAGGAAACGUGUCAUUUUGCGAGAAGUCAUUGGCAUGAAUUUUU